AUGGGCUCACACACUGGUUUGCAAACUGAAUGGGUUAUCUGGGACUGGGACCAGCGGCGCUCCCUCGACGUUCUCAUCCCCCGCGACGUCGAGGACGAGUUUAUUUACGAGGCCCUCACCAAGUUCAUCGACACCAUCCCGCCAGACGUCACGCAAGUGACACUGGAUGAACACGGUGCCCUUGUAGUCGGCUCUUCCGAUCCCCACGAUACUCGUGUCUUCAAACUAAAGUACCUCCAGCAACUCAUCAACACCGUCGACUACCUCAAUCUGACCCUCGGCAUCGUCCACGGCGACAUCUGCCCCUGGAACCCGCUCAUCGACCCCACCACCGACAACCUCCAACUCUUCGACUUCAACUCGGCCGCCAAACUCGGCUGGGACGGCGACGAAGCCAACAACGUCGAAUUCCAAUACGACCCCGACCGCAACGACGUCAAAUUCACCAUCUUCACCAUCCACCAACUCAUCACCCGCGAAUUCAGCUUCCGCCAGGAGUUCUACCCCGAAGAACUCGACGCCUCCGAGAUCAUGUCCCAAGAAACCUGGGACCAGCACCCGGACUCGAAACUCGACUCUCCCGUCGAGGCGUACCGCCAGUUACUUAGCGAGUGGGUUGAGAGACGGGCUGUGGAGGAUAAGAAGGUUGAUCACUUCAGCAAGGCAGCGCAGCCGUUGGAGUGGCCGGCGUUGGUGGAUGAUCCGUUUUUGGAUGCGGAUGGCACGCCGCUGUGGAGGUGGUGUUGGAUGGGGAGGAGGCCGCCGAUGGGGAAGAGGCUGGGUGAUGGGCAUGGGAGGCAUGUUGGUGUUGUGGGUAGGUACGACUGA